GCUAAUCCAGCUUGCGUCUUAUCCUUGCCCUUUCGAGACAGUCUUGGCUUCUGCGGCGUGAGCUUUGCGAACGUAGCUGGCUGCUCGUAUGCCUCCUUUCCUCGUCUGAAUUUCAGCCAUCGACUUCGACCGACGUCCUCUACCGUCACCCCGGCAGGCAGGAGGCCUUCCAACGACCCCUUAUUCCGCAUCCCGGCACUUCCCGUCGUACUACCCUUACUCGACGCCGCUCCAGACGCACAUACUCGUUCAUCAUGUAUCCUCCGCGGACAUCCCAACUUUUGCUCGCCUUGUCGGCUAUCCUCCCCUCUUCGCUAGCAGCCUUUGCCUGCAAUGAUAUCCUCACCAAGGGCCAGCAUUUCAACUUCGAGAAGCUGGGUGGGCCGCGCGUGGUGCACUGGACAGACUCGUUGGGCACUGAAGAUAUGGAAGCCCGCUGGAAUUUUACAUUAGAUGUAUGCAACAAGCUACAGCGGGACAAGGGUGUAGACAAACAAAAUUGGUGCCAUGAUGGUGCUAGAGUAUGCGGCGUCCGCGCACUUCACGACAUCUACGGAGAUGAGAACGACACAAUAUCGGCCGUUGACAUCGCCGGUACAUACACAAUGCAAAAUGGGCCCAAUGCAAUUCUCGACCCUACCUUUGGGCUUCUGCGAGACUUGAAGUCGAACUCCGACGCACCGCGAGAGGGUGUGCGGGUUGAACUACACGGCGGCCGCCACCCCUUCGACUCGAAAAAGGAGGGAGUGAAGCAGCGCGCCGUCAUUGAUUUCGUGUGUGACCGAGAACGCGAGGGCGAUGAGGGUGCCGAAAAAGAUACCAACGAGCAUGAAGAGGAGCCGAAGAAGGACGAAGACGAGAAGAAAGGCGAGAACGGCGAUAAAAAAGAGGAGAAGAAGCUGCGCCGACGAGGGGGCGAAAAGGGCAAGUGUGAAGACACUGAGGCGAGUCUGCGCUUCUGCGGGUACGAGGACGAGAAGACGGACAAGGAUGACAAGGUGAAGACCCUGCGGCUAGAAUGGCGCACGAAGUAUGCGUGCGAGGAUGCGCCUGCGCCUGACGGCGGUAAGAGCUGGGGUUUCUUCACGUGGUUCAUUAUCAUUCUCUUCCUCGCCACUGCGGCAUACCUCAUCUUUGGCUCCUGGCUCAACUACAACCGCUACGGUGCCCGCGGCUGGGACCUCCUUCCCCACGGCGACGCUAUCCGCGACAUCCCGUACAUGGUGAAGGAUCUGGGACGCAAGGUCGUAAACGUAGUCCAAAGUCCAGGCAGUAGGGGCGGUUACAGCGCUGUAUGAGAGUCUUUGCGGCAGGGGAGGACACGCAUGAGGUACAGCGACGGCGUUCUUGUAUAGGAUACAUUGUGGAGGCGUGGG